ACCAUUCUGCAUCGCCCGGAGUAACAGCCACGCAGACUAGAAAAAAAAAGGCAACACGCACUCUCUAAGGGGAGAGAGUGAGAAGGGAGGGGAGAGAGAAAAACGCCCUGGACACGGAGGGAGACUCUGGUUGAUAGAGAAAGACAAGUAUUCUAGAAGUGAGAAAGAACUUUUGAUUGGGAAGAAGAAGACGUGCUUUUAUCGACUGCUGGGACAGCAGGAGGGGAAGAGAACACUACCAAAGAUGCUCAAGUUGCUGUGUUGAAGUUGUUGCAGCUCAGACUGCUCAGACAAACAAGAAGCGAAGAGACAGAGCCCUUGGCCUUGCUUGAGCAAUCCAAAGUACUAAAACCAGGGCAGAAAGAAACCACACCAGAGCAUAGGCAAAGGACAAGGAAAAACAAAGGAUGGCUGAAGAGGAGGAAACCAGGGAGGUGCUCUUCUCUGACUGGUCGGGUCCAGAGAAACAGGGAAUGACCCUUGAGCAGUCAGGCGAAGGAGAAAUCUAUGUCAAAGAGGUGAAAAUGGAGUCGCCUGCUGGACGCACUGGAAGAGUACACGAGGGUGAUCAAAUUGUGGGUGCCACCAUCUACUUUGACAACAUGAGUUCUGAGGAGACAGCGGAGCUCCUUAAGACCUUAAACAAACACAAGGUUGGUCUGAAACUACAGAACAAGGACAAGUCACCCUGCCGCUCCCCCAUGGGCACUAUGUCACCCUGCCGCUCCCCCAUGGGAACUCUGACGUAUGAAGGGAAGGGGAGGUUUGGAGGCUCCAGCCAAGACAGUAUCCUGAGUGGGGAUGAUGAAGAUUACAAGAGAAUAUAUUCCAAGAAGAUUAAGCCCCGGCUGAAGUCUGAGGAUCUGGCGGAGGGCGUGGACGUCCAUACGGAGCGCCACAGCAGCACCAACACUGACGGCAGCACGAUCACCACCAUCACCCGUCGCAUCACUACCUACACUGUGGACAUGCCAGGGGGCGUGGACGAGCAGCUUGAGCUCACCGGGCCAGAGUUCAAAGGGCAACGGUACGAGCAGUCAGGAGGGGGCAGCUCGUCUCAAAUACGAGUUUUACACGGAAGCGGAAGCUCUUCAGGUAUAGGAGGUGGAUUGGAGGGGGGUGAUUUUGAACUAGGAGGUGAUGGUGUUUCCUUCACUGGGCCGCAUGUAACUAGCUCUUCUGAGAAGCACUGGAGCACUGGAGGGGUGAAAACCACCACUAUUACGAGGGAGAUAGAGGGCGGAGAUGGUGGAGCAGCAGGGAUCAGAUUCAAAGGACCUAACUUUGGAAUGUCGGGGGCGAAGGGUCAGCGGGAGUUCGGCCUCUAUAGAGGGGGUCAGCAGGGAGACGGGAGCUUUCAGGUUUCAGGUGACUCAGCUGACUACCAGGCAGGAUCAGUCAAUGUCACGAUCCCUGGAAGAACAACAAAUAUUUCCUCCAGCUCCAUAUCAAUGGGUAAAGGGGAGGUGAGAGGAGUAGACGUUAAUUUGCCUGGUAGAGGCAGUGCAGACUGGCAGGGUAGGGUCGGAGGUUCAGUACCUGGAAUAACCAUUAGUGAUCAACAGAUGAGAGAGUCUGGGAUCGUAGGUCACUCCGGAGGCAACCAGGGUGGGGUUUCCUUACCCAGCAUGCCAGGCAUUGAUACAGGGUUGAAUGGAGGCAAGAUAUCAACAGACAUAAGAGCGCCAACACUUGACAUCAGUACCCCAGGCAUGAAGGAGUCUGGCUCAGUGAAAACGUCUGUAAAAGGACCGUCAGUAAAAGGAACGACCAUUGAAAAUGAAAGCAAACUUAAAGGUGGCAUCAAAAUGCAAUCAUUUGGACUGAACACUGCAGGUGCAGAAAGCGAUGGAGAUGUUAAACUACCGAAGGUGAAGGGUAGUGUAGAUGUUUCGGUUCCCGGAGUAGAUGUAGAUGUAUCAGGCCCAUCUAUGAAUGUUAAAGAAGGAAAGAAGAUAGGUGGCAUUGAUAUCAAAGCACCAAAAGUAGACAUUAACGUUUCAGGUGUUGAUGUUCAUGAUCCAGAAGGCGGUUUCAAGAUACCCAAAGUAAAGAUGCCAUCAUUUGGAAUCAAAGGAGCGGGACGUGAGGGACCAGAUGUUGAUGUCAACCUACCAAAAACUGACAUUGACAUCAAGUCUCCCAAAGUGGACAUUAAAGGUCCAGAACUUGACAUUGAAGGUCCUGAUGGUAAAAUCAAAGGGUCAAAAUUCAAGAUGCCGACAAUAUCAGGACCAAACAUCUCAAUGCCCGACGUGGACUUCAAUCUGAAAGGUCCAAAGAUGAAAGGAGAUUUUGAUGUGUCAGGAGACCUCAAAGCACCCAAAGUAGACAUUGAAAGUCCAGAUGUUGACAUUGAAGGUUCAGGAGGAUUUAAGAUGCCAAAGAUGAAGAUGCCAUCAUUUGGAAUCAAAGGACCCAAACUGGAGGGGCCAGAUGUUGAUCUCAACCUUCCUAAAGCUGACACUGACAUCAAGGCUCCCAAUGUUGACAUUAAAGGUCCAUCAAUAUCAGGACCUAAGAUCUCCAUACCCGAUAUGGACUUCAAUCUGAAAGGCCCAAAGGUGAAGGGAGAUUUUGAUAUGUCAGGAGACCUUAAAGCACUCAAAGUAGACAUUGAAGGUCCAGAUCUUAACAUUAAAGGUCCAGAUGGAAAAAUCAAAGGGCCAAAAUUCAAGAUGCCAUCAAUUUCAGGACCGAAGAUCUCCAUGCCCGAUAUGGACUUCAAUCUGAAAGGUCCAAAGAUGAAGGGAGAUUUCGAUGUAUCAGGGCCCAAGAUAGAAGGAGACCUCAAAGCACCCAAAGUAGACAUAGAGGGGCCAGAUGUUGACAUUGAAGGUUCAGGAGGAUUUAAGAUGCCAAAGAUGAAGAUGCCAUCAUUUGGAUUCAAAGGUCCUAAAUUGGAGGGUCCAGAUGUUGAUGUUAACCUACCAAGAGCUGAUAUAGACUUUAAAGCCCCCAAAGUGGACAUUAAAGGUCCAGAACUUGACAUUGAAGGCCCUGAUGGUAAAAUCAAAGGGCCGAAAUUCAAGAUGCCGUCAAUGUCAGGACCAAAGAUCUCCAUGCCCGAUGUGGACCUCAACCUAAAAGGUCCAAAGAUGAAGGGAGAUUUCGAUGUGUCAGGGCCCAAGAUAGAAGGAGACCUCAAAGCACCCAAAGUAGACAUAGAGGGGCCAGAUGUUGACAUUGAAGGUUCAGGAGGAUUUAAGAUGCCAAAGAUGAAGAUGCCAUCAUUUGGAUUCAAAGGUCCUAAAUUGGAGGGUCCAGAUGUUGAUGUUAACCUACCAAGAGCUGAUAUAGACAUCAAAGCUCCCAAAGUGGACAUUAAAGGUCCAGAACUUGACAUUGAAGGCCCUGAUGGUAAAAUCAAAGGGCCGAAAUUCAAGAUGCCAUCAAUUUCAGGACCAAAGAUCUCCAUGCCCGAUGUGGACUUCAACCUGAAAGGCCCAAAGGUGAAGGGAGAUUUUGAUAUGUCAGGAGACCUUAAAGCACCCAAAGUAGACAUUGAAGGUCCAGAUCUUGACAUUGAAGGCCCUGAUGGUAAAAUCAAAGGGCCGAAAUUCAAGAUGCCGUCAAUGUCAGGACCAAAGAUCUCCAUGCCCGAUGUGGACUUCAACCUAAAAGGUCCAAAGAUGAAGGGAGAUUUCGAUGUGUCAGGGACCAAGAUAGAAGGAGACCUCAAAGCACCCAAAGUAGACAUAGAGGGGCCAGAUGUUGACAUUGAAGGUUCAGGAGGAUUUAAGAUGCCAAAGAUGAAGAUGCCAUCAUUUGGAUUCAAAGGUCCUAAAUUGGAGGGUCCAGAUGUUGAUGUUAACCUACCAAGAGCUGAUAUAGACUUUAAAGCCCCCAAAGUGGACAUUAAAGGUCCAGAACUUGACAUUGAAGGCCCUGAUGGUAAAAUCAAAGGGCCGAAAUUCAAGAUGCCGUCAAUGUCAGGACCAAAGAUCUCCAUGCCCGAUGUGGACCUCAACCUAAAAGGUCCAAAGAUGAAGGGAGAUUUCGAUGUGUCAGGGCCCAAGAUAGAAGGAGACCUCAAAGCACCCAAAGUAGAGAUAGAAGGGCCAGAUCUUGACCUUGAAGGUUCAGGAGGAUUUAAGAUGCCAAAGAUGAAGAUGCCAUCAUUUGGAUUCAAAGGUCCUAAAUUGGAGGGUCCAGAUGUUGAUGUUAACCUACCAAGAGCUGAUAUAGACAUCAAAGCUCCCAAAGUCGACAUUAAAGGUCCAGAACUUGACAUUGAAGGCCCUGAUGGUAAAAUCAAAGGGCCGAAAUUCAAGAUGCCGUCAAUGUCAGGACCAAAGAUCUCCAUGCCCGAUGUGGACUUCAACCUAAAAGGUCCAAAGAUGAAGGGAGAUUUCGAUGUGUCAGGGACCAAGAUAGAAGGAGACCUCAAAGCACCCAAAGUAGACAUAGAGGGGCCAGAUGUUGACAUUGAAGGUUCAGGAGGAUUUAAGAUGCCAAAGAUGAAGAUGCCAUCAUUUGGAUUCAAAGGUCCUAAAUUGGAGGGACCAGAUGUUGAUGUUAACCUACCAAGAGCUGAUAUAGACAUCAAAGCUCCCAAAGUGGACAUUAAAGGUCCAGAAUUUGACAUUGAAGGCCCUGAUGGUAAAAUCAAAGGGCCGAAAUUCAAGAUGCCGUCAAUGUCAGGACCAAAGAUCUCCAUGCCCGAUGUGGACCUCAACCUAAAAGGUCCAAAGAUGAAGGGAGAUUUCGAUGUGUCAGGGCCCAAGAUAGAAGGAGACCUCAAAGCACCCAAAGUAGACAUAGAAGGGCCAGAUGUUGACAUUGAAGGUUCAGGAGGAUUUAAGAUGCCAAAGAUGAAGAUGCCAUCAUUUGGAUUCAAAGGUCCUAAAUUGGAGGGUCCAGAUGUUGAUGUUAACCUACCAAGAGCUGAUAUAGACAUCAAAGCUCCCAAAGUGGACAUUAAAGGUCCAGAACUUGACAUUGAAGGCCCUGAUGGUAAAAUCAAAGGGCCGAAAUUCAAGAUGCCAUCAAUUUCAGGACCAAAGAUCUCCAUGCCCGAUGUGGACUUCAACCUGAAAGGCCCAAAGGUGAAGGGAGAUUUUGAUAUGUCAGGAGACCUUAAAGCACCCAAAGUAGACAUUGAAGGUCCAGAUCUUGACAUUGAAGGCCCUGAUGGUAAAAUCAAAGGGCCGAAAUUCAAGAUGCCGUCAAUGUCAGGACCAAAGAUCUCCAUGCCCGAUGUGGACUUCAACCUAAAAGGUCCAAAGAUGAAGGGAGAUUUCGAUGUGUCAGGGACCAAGAUAGAAGGAGACCUCAAAGCACCCAAAGUAGACAUAGAGGGGCCAGAUGUUGACAUUGAAGGUUCAGGAGGAUUUAAGAUGCCAAAGAUGAAGAUGCCAUCAUUUGGAUUCAAAGGUCCUAAAUUGGAGGGACCAGAUGUUGAUGUUAACCUACCAAGAGCUGAUAUAGACAUCAAAGCUCCCAAAGUGGACAUUAAAGGUCCAGAACUUGACAUUGAAGGCCCUGAUGGUAAAAUCAAAGGGCCGAAAUUCAAGAUGCCAUCAAUUUCAGGACCAAAGAUCUCCAUGCCCGAUGUGGACUUCAACCUGAAAGGCCCAAAGGUGAAGGGAGAUUUUGAUAUGUCAGGAGACCUUAAAGCACCCAAAGUAGACAUUGAAGGUCCAGAUCUUGACAUUGAAGGCCCUGAUGGUAAAAUCAAAGGGCCGAAAUUCAAGAUGCCGUCAAUGUCAGGACCAAAGAUCUCCAUGCCCGAUGUGGACUUCAACCUAAAAGGUCCAAAGAUGAAGGGAGAUUUCGAUGUGUCAGGGACCAAGAUAGAAGGAGACCUCAAAGCACCCAAAGUAGACAUAGAGGGGCCAGAUGUUGACAUUGAAGGUUCAGGAGGAUUUAAGAUGCCAAAGAUGAAGAUGCCAUCAUUUGGAUUCAAAGGUCCUAAAUUGGAGGGACCAGAUGUUGAUGUUAACCUACCAAGAGCUGAUAUAGACAUCAAAGCUCCCAAAGUGGACAUUAAAGGUCCAGAACUUGACAUUGAAGGCCCUGAUGGUAAAAUCAAAGGGCCGAAAUUCAAGAUGCCAUCAAUUUCAGGACCAAAGAUCUCCAUGCCCGAUGUGGACUUCAACCUGAAAGGCCCAAAGGUGAAGGGAGAUUUUGAUAUGUCAGGAGACCUUAAAGCACCCAAAGUAGACAUUGAAGGUCCAGAUCUUGACAUUGAAGGCCCUGAUGGUAAAAUCAAAGGGCCGAAAUUCAAGAUGCCGUCAAUGUCAGGACCAAAGAUCUCCAUGCCCGAUGUGGACUUCAACCUAAAAGGUCCAAAGAUGAAGGGAGAUUUCGAUGUGUCAGGGACCAAGAUAGAAGGAGACCUCAAAGCACCCAAAGUAGACAUAGAGGGGCCAGAUGUUGACAUUGAAGGUUCAGGAGGAUUUAAGAUGCCAAAGAUGAAGAUGCCAUCAUUUGGAUUCAAAGGUCCUAAAUUGGAGGGACCAGAUGUUGAUGUUAACCUACCAAGAGCUGAUAUAGACAUCAAAGCUCCCAAAGUGGACAUUAAAGGUCCAGAACUUGACAUUGAAGGCCCUGAUGGUAAAAUCAAAGGGCCGAAAUUCAAGAUGCCAUCAAUUUCAGGACCAAAGAUCUCCAUGCCCGAUGUGGACUUCAACCUGAAAGGCCCAAAGGUGAAGGGAGAUUUUGAUAUGUCAGGAGACCUUAAAGCACCCAAAGUAGACAUUGAAGGUCCAGAUCUUGACAUUGAAGGUCCAGAUGGAAAAAUCAAAGGGCCGAAAUUCAAGAUGCCAUCAAUUUCAGGACCAAAGAUCUCCAUGCCCGAUGUGGACUUCAAUCUGAAAGGUCCAAAGAUGAAGGGAGAUUUCGAUUUGUCAGGGCCCAAGAUAGAAGGAGACCUCAAAGCACCCAAAGUAGAGAUAGAAGGGCCAGAUGUUGACAUUGAAGGUUCAGGAGGAUUUAAGAUGCCAAAGAUGAAGAUGCCAUCAUUUGGAUUCAAAGGUCCUAAAUUGGAGGGUCCAGAUGUUGAUGUUAACCUACCAAGAGCUGAUAUAGACAUCAAAGCUCCCAAAGUGGACAUUAAAGGUCCAGAACUUGAUAUUGAAGGCCCUGAUGGUAAAAUCAAAGGGCCGAAAUUCAAGAUGCCGUCAAUGUCAGGACCAAAGAUCUCCAUGCCCGAUGUGGACUUCAACCUAAAAGGUCCAAAGAUGAAGGGAGAUUUCGAUGUGUCAGGGCCCAAGAUAGAAGGAGACCUCAAAGCACCCAAAGUAGACAUAGAGGGGCCAGAUGUUGACAUUGAAGGUUCAGGAGGAUUUAAGAUGCCAAAGAUGAAGAUGCCAUCAUUUGGAUUCAAAGGUCCUAAAUUGGAGGGUCCAGAUGUUGAUGUUAACCUACCAAGAGCUGAUAUAGACAUCAAAGCUCCCAAAGUGGACAUUAAAGGUCCAGAACUUGACAUUGAAGGCCCUGAUGGUAAAAUCAAAGGGCCGAAAUUCAAGAUGCCAUCAAUUUCAGGACCAAAGAUCUCCAUGCCCGAUGUGGACUUCAACCUGAAAGGCCCAAAGGUGAAGGGAGAUUUUGAUAUGUCAGGAGACCUUAAAGCACCCAAAGUAGACAUUGAAGGUCCAGAUCUUGACAUUGAAGGUCCAGAUGGAAAAAUCAAAGGGCCGAAAUUCAAGAUGCCAUCAAUUUCAGGACCAAAGAUCUCCAUGCCCGAUGUGGACUUCAAUCUGAAAGGUCCAAAGAUGAAGGGAGAUUUCGAUGUGUCAGGGCCCAAGAUAGAAGGAGACCUCAAAGCACCCAAAGUAGACAUAGAGGGGCCAGAUGUUGACAUUGAAGGUUCAGGAGGAUUUAAGAUGCCAAAGAUGAAGAUGCCAUCAUUUGGAUUCAAAGGUCCUAAAUUGGAGGGUCCAGAUGUUGAUGUUAACCUACCAAGAGCUGAUAUAGACAUCAAAGCUCCCAAAGUGGACAUUAAAGGUCCAGAACUUGACAUUGAAGGCCCUGAUGGUAAAAUCAAAGGGCCGAAAUUCAAGAUGCCAUCAAUUUCAGGACCAAAGAUCUCCAUGCCCGAUGUGGACUUCAACCUGAAAGGCCCAAAGGUGAAGGGAGAUUUUGAUAUGUCAGGAGACCUUAAAGCACCCAAAGUAGACAUUGAAGGUCCAGAUCUUGACAUUGAAGGUCCAGCUGGAAAAAUCAAAGGGCCGAAAUUCAAGAUGCCAUCAAUUUCAGGACCAAAGAUCUCCAUGCCCGAUGUGGACUUCAAUCUGAAAGGUCCAAAGAUGAAGGGAGAUUUCGAUUUGUCAGGGCCCAAGAUAGAAGGAGACCUCAAAGCACCCAAAGUAGAGAUAGAAGGGCCAGAUCUUGACAUUGAAGGUUCAGGAGGAUUUAAGAUGCCAAAGAUGAAGAUGCCAUCAUUUGGAUUCAAGGGACCUAAAUUGGAGGGUCCAGAUGUUGAUGUUAACCUACCAAGAGCUGAUAUAGACAUCAAAGCUCCCAAAGUGGACAUUAAAGGUCCAGAACUUGAUAUUGAAGGCCCUGAUGGUAAAAUCAAAGGGCCGAAAUUCAAGAUGCCGUCAAUGUCAGGACCAAAGAUCUCCAUGCCCGAUGUGGACUUCAACCUAAAAGGUCCAAAGAAGAAGGGAGAUUUCGAUGUGUCAGGGCCCAAGAUAGAAGGAGACCUCAAAGCACCCAAAGUAGACAUAGAGGGGCCAGAUGUUGACAUUGAAGGUUCAGGAGGAUUUAAGAUGCCAAAGAUGAAGAUGCCAUCAUUUGGAUUCAAAGGUCCUAAAUUGGAGGGUCCAGAUGUUGAUGUUAACCUACCAAGAGCUGAUAUAGACAUCAAAGCUCCCAAAGUGGACAUUAAAGGUCCAGAACUUGACAUUGAAGGCCCUGAUGGUAAAAUCAAAGGGCCGAAAUUCAAGAUGCCAUCAAUUUCAGGACCAAAGAUCUCCAUGCCCGAUGUGGACUUCAACCUGAAAGGCCCAAAGGUGAAGGGAGAUUUUGAUAUGUCAGGAGACCUUAAAGCACCCAAAGUAGACAUUGAAGGUCCAGAUCUUGACAUUGAAGGUCCAGAUGGAAAAAUCAAAGGGCCGAAAUUCAAGAUGCCAUCAAUUUCAGGACCAAAGAUCUCCAUGCCCGAUGUGGACUUCAACCUAAAAGGUCCAAAGAUGAAGGGAGAUUUCGAUGUGUCAGGGCCCAAGAUAGAAGGAGACCUCAAAGCACCCAAAGUAGACAUAGAGGGGCCAGAUGUUGACAUUGAAGGUUCAGGAGGAUUUAAGAUGCCAAAGAUGAAGAUGCCAUCAUUUGGAUACAAAGGUCCUAAAUUGGAGGGUCCAGAUGUUGAUGCUAAUCUACCAAGAGCUGAUAUAGACAUCAAAGCUCCCAAAGUGGACAUUAAAGGUCCAGAACUUGACAUUGAAGGCCCUGAUGGUAAAAUCAAAGGGCCGAAAUUCAAGAUGCCAUCAAUUUCAGGACCAAAGAUCUCCAUGCCCGAUGUGGACUUCAACCUGAAAGGCCCAAAGGUGAAGGGAGAUUUUGAUAUGUCAGGAGACCUUAAAGCACCCAAAGUAGACAUUGAAGGUCCAGAUCUUGACAUUGAAGGUCCAGAUGGAAAAAUCAAAGGGCCGAAAUUCAAGAUGCCAUCAAUUUCAGGACCAAAGAUCUCCAUGCCCGAUGUGGACUUCAAUCUGAAAGGUCCAAAGAUGAAGGGAGAUUUCGAUGUGUCAGGGCCCAAGAUAGAAGGAGACCUCAAAGCACCCAAAGUAGAGAUAGAAGGGCCAGAUCUUGACAUUGAAGGUUCAGGAGGAUUUAAGAUGCCAAAGAUGAAGAUGCCAUCAUUUGGAUUCAAGGGACCUAAAUUGGAGGGUCCAGAUGUUGAUGUUAACCUACCAAGAGCUGAUAUAGACAUCAAAGCUCCCAAAGUGGACAUUAAAGGUCCAGAACUUGACAUUGAAGGCCCUGACGGUAAAAUCAAAGGACCGAAAUUCAAGAUGCCAUCAAUUUCAGGACCAAAGAUCUCCAUGCCCGAUGUGGACUUCAACCUGAAAGGCCCAAAGGUGAAGGGAGAUUUUGAUAUGUCAGGAGACCUUAAAGCUCCCAAAGUGGACAUUAAAGGUCCAGAACUUGAUAUUGAAGGCCCUGAUGGUAAAAUCAAAGGGCCGAAAUUCAAGAUGCCAUCAAUUUCAGGACCAAAGAUCUCCAUGCCCGAUGUGGACUUCAAUCUGAAAGGUCCAAAGAUGAAGGGAGAUUUCGAUUUGUCAGGGCCCAAGAUAGAAGGAGACCUCAAAGCACCCAAAGUAGAGAUAGAAGGGCCAGAUCUUGACAUUGAAGGUUCAGGAGGAUUUAAGAUGCCAAAGAUGAAGAUGCCAUCAUUUGGAUUCAAGGGUCCUAAAUUGGAGGGUCCAGAUGUUGAUGUUAACCUACCAAGAGCUGAUAUAGACAUCAAAGCUCCCAAAGUGGACAUUAAAGGUCCAGAACUUGACAUUGAAGGCCCUGACGGUAAAAUCAAAGGGCCGAAAUUCAAGAUGCCAUCAAUUUCAGGACCAAAGAUCUCCAUGCCCGAUGUGGACUUCAACCUGAAAGGCCCAAAGGUGAAGGGAGAUUUUGAUAUGUCAGGAGACCUUAAAGCACCCAAAGUAGACAUUGAAGGUCCAGAUCUUGACAUUGAAGGUCCAGAUGGAAAAAUCAAAGGGCCGAAAUUCAAGAUGCCAUCAAUUUCAGGACCAAAGAUCUCCAUGCCCGAUGUGGACUUCAACCUAAAAGGUCCAAAGAUGAAGGGAGAUUUCGAUGUGUCAGGGCCCAAGAUAGAAGGAGACCUCAAAGCACCCAAAGUAGACAUAGAGGGGCCAGAUGUUGACAUUGAAGGUUCAGGAGGAUUUAAGAUGCCAAAGAUGAAGAUGCCAUCAUUUGGAUUCAAAGGUCCUAAAUUGGAGGGUCCAGAUGUUGAUGUUAACCUACCAAGAGCUGAUAUAGACAUCAAAGCUCCCAAAGUGGACAUUAAAGGUCCAGAACUUGACAUUGAAGGCCCUGAUGGUAAAAUCAAAGGGCCGAAAUUCAAGAUGCCAUCAAUUUCAGGACCAAAGAUCUCCAUGCCCGAUGUGGACUUCAACCUGAAAGGCCCAAAGGUGAAGGGAGAUUUUGAUAUGUCAGGAGACCUUAAAGCACCCAAAGUAGACAUUGAAGGUCCAGAUCUUGACAUUGAAGGUCCAGAUGGAAAAAUCAAAGGGCCGAAAUUCAAGAUGCCAUCAAUUUCAGGACCAAAGAUCUCCAUGCCCGAUGUGGACUUCAAUCUGAAAGGUCCAAAGAUGAAGGGAGAUUUCGAUUUGUCAGGGCCCAAGAUAGAAGGAGACCUCAAAGCACCCAAAGUAGAGAUAGAAGGGCCAGAUCUUGACAUUGAAGGUUCAGGAGGAUUUAAGAUGCCAAAGAUGAAGAUGCCAUCAUUUGGAUUCAAGGGACCUAAAUUGGAGGGUCCAGAUGUUGAUGUUAACCUACCAAGAGCUGAUAUAGACAUCAAAGCUCCCAAAGUGGACAUUAAAGGUCCAGAACUUGAUAUUGAAGGCCCUGAUGGUAAAAUCAAAGGGCCGAAAUUCAAGAUGCCGUCAAUGUCAGGACCAAAGAUCUCCAUGCCCGAUGUGGACUUCAACCUAAAAGGUCCAAAGAUGAAGGGAGAUUUCGAUGUGUCAGGGCCCAAGAUAGAAGGAGACCUCAAAGCACCCAAAGUAGACAUAGAGGGGCCAGAUGUUGACAUUGAAGGUUCAGGAGGAUUUAAGAUGCCAAAGAUGAAGAUGCCAUCAUUUGGAUUCAAAGGUCCUAAAUUGGAGGGUCCAGAUGUUGAUGUUAACCUACCAAGAGCUGAUAUAGACAUCAAAGCUCCCAAAGUGGACAUUAAAGGUCCAGAACUUGACAUUGAAGGCCCUGACGGUAAAAUCAAAGGGCCGAAAUUCAAGAUGCCAUCAAUGUCAGGACCAAAGAUCUCCAUGCCCGAUGUGGACUUCAACCUGAAAGGCCCAAAGGUGAAGGGAGAUUUUGAUAUGUCAGGAGACCUUAAAGCACCCAAAGUAGACAUUGAAGGUCCAGAUCUUGACAUUGAAGGUCCAGAUGGAAAAAUCAAAGGGCCGAAAUUCAAGAUGCCAUCAAUUUCAGGACCAAAGAUCUCCAUGCCCGAUGUGGACUUCAACCUAAAAGGUCCAAAGAUGAAGGGAGAUUUCGAUGUGUCAGGGCCCAAGAUAGAAGGAGACCUCAAAGCACCCAAAGUAGACAUAGAGGGGCCAGAUGUUGACAUUGAAGGUUCAGGAGGAUUUAAGAUGCCAAAGAUGAAGAUGCCAUCAUUUGGAUACAAAGGUCCUAAAUUGGAGGGUCCAGAUGUUGAUGCUAAUCUACCAAGAGCUGAUAUAGACAUCAAAGCUCCCAAAGUGGACAUUAAAGGUCCAGAACUUGACAUUGAAGGCCCUGAUGGUAAAAUCAAAGGGCCGAAAUUCAAGAUGCCAUCAAUUUCAGGACCAAAGAUCUCCAUGCCCGAUGUGGACUUCAACCUGAAAGGCCCAAAGGUGAAGGGAGAUUUUGAUAUGUCAGGAGACCUUAAAGCACCCAAAGUAGACAUUGAAGGUCCAGAUCUUGACAUUGAAGGUCCAGAUGGAAAAAUCAAAGGGCCGAAAUUCAAGAUGCCAUCAAUUUCAGGACCAAAGAUCUCCAUGCCCGAUGUGGACUUCAAUCUGAAAGGUCCAAAGAUGAAGGGAGAUUUCGAUGUGUCAGGGCCCAAGAUAGAAGGAGACCUCAAAGAACCCAAAGUAGAGAUAGAAGGGCCAGAUCUUGACAUUGAAGGUUCAGGAGGAUUUAAGAUGCCAAAGAUGAAGAUGCCAUCAUUUGGAUUCAAGGGACCUAAAUUGGAGGGUCCAGAUGUUGAUGUUAACCUACCAAGAGCUGAUAUAGACAUCAAAGCUCCCAAAGUGGACAUUAAAGGUCCAGAACUUGACAUUGAAGGCCCUGACGGUAAAAUCAAAGGACCGAAAUUCAAGAUGCCAUCAAUUUCAGGACCAAAGAUCUCCAUGCCCGAUGUGGACUUCAACCUGAAAGGCCCAAAGGUGAAGGGAGAUUUUGAUAUGUCAGGAGACCUUAAAGCUCCCAAAGUGGACAUUAAAGGUCCAGAACUUGAUAUUGAAGGCCCUGAUGGUAAAAUCAAAGGGCCGAAAUUCAAGAUGCCAUCAAUUUCAGGACCAAAGAUCUCCAUGCCCGAUGUGGACUUCAAUCUGAAAGGUCCAAAGAUGAAGGGAGAUUUCGAUUUGUCAGGGCCCAAGAUAGAAGGAGACCUCAAAGCACCCAAAGUAGAGAUAGAAGGGCCAGAUCUUGACAUUGAAGGUUCAGGAGGAUUUAAGAUGCCAAAGAUGAAGAUGCCAUCAUUUGGAUUCAAGGGUCCUAAAUUGGAGGGUCCAGAUGUUGAUGUUAACCUACCAAGAGCUGAUAUAGACAUCAAAGCUCCCAAAGUGGACAUUAAAGGUCCAGAACUUGACAUUGAAGGCCCUGACGGUAAAAUCAAAGGGCCGAAAUUCAAGAUGCCAUCAAUUUCAGGACCAAAGAUCUCCAUGCCCGAUGUGGACUUCAACCUGAAAGGCCCAAAGGUGAAGGGAGAUUUUGAUAUGUCAGGAGACCUUAAAGCACCCAAAGUAGACAUUGAAGGUCCAGAUCUUGACAUUGAAGGUCCAGAUGGAAAAAUCAAAGGGCCGAAAUUCAAGAUGCCAUCAAUUUCAGGACCAAAGAUCUCCAUGCCCGAUGUGGACUUCAACCUAAAAGGUCCAAAGAUGAAGGGAGAUUUCGAUGUGUCAGGGCCCAAGAUAGAAGGAGACCUCAAAGCACCCAAAGUAGACAUAGAGGGGCCAGAUGUUGACAUUGAAGGUUCAGGAGGAUUUAAGAUGCCAAAGAUGAAGAUGCCAUCAUUUGGAUUCAAAGGUCCUAAAUUGGAGGGUCCAGAUGUUGAUGUUAACCUACCAAGAGCUGAUAUAGACAUCAAAGCUCCCAAAGUGGACAUUAAAGGUCCAGAACUUGACAUUGAAGGCCCUGAUGGUAAAAUCAAAGGGCCGAAAUUCAAGAUGCCAUCAAUUUCAGGACCAAAGAUCUCCAUGCCCGAUGUGGACUUCAACCUGAAAGGCCCAAAGGUGAAGGGAGAUUUUGAUAUGUCAGGAGACCUUAAAGCACCCAAAGUAGACAUUGAAGGUCCAGAUCUUGACAUUGAAGGUCCAGAUGGAAAAAUCAAAGGGCCGAAAUUCAAGAUGCCAUCAAUUUCAGGACCAAAGAUCUCCAUGCCCGAUGUGGACUUCAAUCUGAAAGGUCCAAAGAUGAAGGGAGAUUUCGAUUUGUCAGGGCCCAAGAUAGAAGGAGACCUCAAAGCACCCAAAGUAGAGAUAGAAGGGCCAGAUCUUGACAUUGAAGGUUCAGGAGGAUUUAAGAUGCCAAAGAUGAAGAUGCCAUCAUUUGGAUUCAAGGGACCUAAAUUGGAGGGUCCAGAUGUUGAUGUUAACCUACCAAGAGCUGAUAUAGACAUCAAAGCUCCCAAAGUGGACAUUAAAGGUCCAGAACUUGAUAUUGAAGGCCCUGAUGGUAAAAUCAAAGGGCCGAAAUUCAAGAUGCCGUCAAUGUCAGGACCAAAGAUCUCCAUGCCCGAUGUGGACUUCAACCUAAAAGGUCCAAAGAUGAAGGGAGAUUUCGAUGUGUCAGGGCCCAAGAUAGAAGGAGACCUCAAAGCACCCAAAGUAGACAUAGAGGGGCCAGAUGUUGACAUUGAAGGUUCAGGAGGAUUUAAGAUGCCAAAGAUGAAGAUGCCAUCAUUUGGAUUCAAAGGUCCUAAAUUGGAGGGUCCAGAUGUUGAUGUUAACCUACCAAGAGCUGAUAUAGACAUCAAAGCUCCCAAAGUGGACAUUAAAGGUCCAGAACUUGACAUUGAAGGCCCUGACGGUAAAAUCAAAGGGCCGAAAUUCAAGAUGCCAUCAAUGUCAGGACCAAAGAUCUCCAUGCCCGAUGUGGACUUCAACCUGAAAGGCCCAAAGGUGAAGGGAGAUUUUGAUAUGUCAGGAGACCUUAAAGCACCCAAAGUAGACAUUGAAGGUCCAGAUCUUGACAUUGAAGGUCCAGAUGGAAAAAUCAAAGGGCCGAAAUUCAAGAUGCCAUCAAUUUCAGGACCAAAGAUCUCCAUGCCCGAUGUGGACUUCAAUCUGAAAGGUCCAAAGAUGAAGGGAGAUUUCGAUUUGUCAGGGCCCAAGAUAGAAGGAGACCUCAAAGCACCCAAAGUAGACAUAGAGGGGCCAGAUCUUGACAUUGAAGGUUCAGGAGGAUUUAAGAUGCCAAAGAUGAAGAUGCCAUCAUUUGGAUUCAAGGGACCUAAAUUGGAGGGUCCAGAUGUUGAUGUUAACCUACCAAGAGCUGAUAUAGACAUCAAAGCUCCCAAAGUGGACAUUAAAGGUCCAGAACUUGAUAUUGAAGGCCCUGAUGGUAAAAUCAAAGGGCCGAAAUUCAAGAUGCCGUCAAUGUCAGGACCAAAGAUCUCCAUGCCCGAUGUGGACUUCAACCUAAAAGGUCCAAAGAUGAAGGGAGAUUUCGAUGUGUCAGGGCCCAAGAUAGAAGGAGACCUCAAAGCACCCAAAGUAGACAUAGAGGGGCCAGAUGUUGACAUUGAAGGUUCAGGAGGAUUUAAGAUGCCAAAGAUGAAGAUGCCAUCAUUUGGAUUCAAAGGUCCUAAAUUGGAGGGUCCAGAUGUUGAUGUUAACCUACCAAGAGCUGAUAUAGACAUCAAAGCUCCCAAAGUGGACAUUAAAGGUCCAGAACUUGACAUUGAAGGCCCUGACGGUAAAAUCAAAGGGCCGAAAUUCAAGAUGCCAUCAAUGUCAGGACCAAAGAUCUCCAUGCCCGAUGUGGACUUCAACCUGAAAGGCCCAAAGGUGAAGGGAGAUUUUGAUAUGUCAGGAGACCUUAAAGCACCCAAAGUAGACAUUGAAGGUCCAGAUCUUGACAUUGAAGGUCCAGAUGGAAAAAUCAAAGGGCCGAAAUUCAAGAUGGCAUCAAUUUCAGGACCAAAGAUCUCCAUGCCCGAUGUGGACUUCAAUCUGAAAGGUCCAAAGAUGAAGGGAGAUUUCGAUUUGUCAGGGCCCAAGAUAGAAGGAGACCUCAAAGCACCCAAAGUAGACAUAGAGGGGCCAGAUGUUGACAUUGAAGGUUCAGGAGGAUUUAAGAUGCCAAAGUGGAAGAUGCCAUCAUUUGGAUUCAAAGGUCCUAAAUUGGAGGGUCCAGAUGUUGAUGUUAACCUACCAAGAGCUGAUAUAGACGUCAAAGCCCCCAAAGUGGACAUUAAAGGUCCAGAACUUGACAUUGAAGGCCCUGAUGGAAAAAUCAAAGGGCCGAAAUUCAAGAUGCCGUCAAUAUCAGGACCAAAGCUCUCCAUGCCUGAUGUGGACUUUAAUCUGAAAGGCCCAAAGGUGAAGGGAGAUUUUGAUAUGUCAGGAGACCUUAAAGCACCCAAAGUAGACAUUGAAGGUCCAGAUCUUGACAUUGAAGGUCCAGAUGGUAAAAUCAAAGGGCCGAAAUUCAAGAUGCCGUCAAUGUCAGGACCAAAGAUCUCCAUGCCCGAUGUGGACUUUAAUCUGAAAGGUCCAAAGAUGAAGGGAGAUUUCGAUGUGUCAGGGCCCAAGAUAGAAGGAGACCUCAAAGCACCCAAAGUAGAGAUAGAAGGGCCAGAUCUUGACAUUGAAGGUUCAGGAGGAUUUAAGAUGCCAAAGAUGAAAAUGCCAUCAUUUGGAUUCAAAGGUCCUAAAUUGGAGGGUCCAGAUGUUGAUGUUAACCUACCAAGAGCUGAUAUAGACAUCAAAGCUCCCAACGUGGACAUUAAAGGUCCAGAACUUGACAUUGAAGGCCCUGAUGGUAAAAUCAAAGGGCCGAAAUUCAAGAUGCCGUCAAUGUCAGGACCAAAGAUCUCCAUGCCUGAUGUGGACUUCAAUCUGAAAGGUCCAAAGAUAAAGGGAGACGUGGACAUGUCUGUGCCAAUGAUUGAAGGUGACCUGAAAUCACCCAAAGUAGAUAUUGAAGGUCCAGAUGUUGACAUUGAAGGUUCAGGAGGAUUUAAGAUGCCAAAGAUGAAGAUGCCCUCUAUGUCUGGCCCCAAAAUGUCAAUGCCUGAUAUUGAUUUCAAUCUCAAAGGGCCAAAGUUCAAGGGGGGAGUUGAGGGAGAAAUCAGUCCACCCAAAGCUGAAUUUGAUGGAUUGGAUGUCUCAAUUGAGAGUCCUGACAUUACACCAAAGAAGUCUAAGUUCAAAAUGCCAAAGUUUGGAUUCGGAGGGCCAAAAAUCAAGUCUCCUGAGGUUGAUGUAAAUCUAGCAAAAGCAGAUAUUAAUGUAAAAGUACCGAAAGGUAGUGUUUCAGACCUUGAGCUUGAUGUUGGGGCUACCAGCCCUAAGGUCAAAGGAUCCAAAUUCAAAAUGCCAAAAUUUGGAUUCAGAAGCCCGAAGGUAGAGAUACCAGAUAUAGAUAUUAACAUACCUAAAGCUGAUGUCGGCAUUAAGGGACCCAGUGUUGACAUUAAAGUUCCGGAAAUUGACAUUGAAUGCCCUGAUGGCAAAAUCAAGGGCCCAAAAUACAACAUGCCAUCAUUAUCAGGACCAAAGAUCUCUAUGCCUGAUAUGGACUUCAACCUGAAAGGUCCAAAGAUGAAGGGAGAUAUUGAUAUGUCAGGAGACCUCAAAGCACCCAAAGUAGAUAUUGAAGGUCCAGAUGUUGACAUUGAAGGUUCAGGAGGAUUUAAGAUGCCAAAGAUGAAGAUGCCAUCCUUUGGAUUCAAAGGACCCAAACUGGAGGGUCCAGAUGUUGAUCUCAACCUUCCUAAAGCUGACAUUGAUAUUAAGGGGCCCAAUGUUGACAUCAAAGGUCCAGAACUGGACAUUGAAGGCCCAGAUGGUAAAAUCAAAGGGCCAAAAUUCAAGAUGCCAUCCAUAUCUGGACCAAAUAUCUCCAUGCCUGAUAUGGACUUCAACCUGAAAGGUCCAAAGAUGAAGGGAGAUGUUGAUAUGUCAGGAGACCUCAAAGCACCCAAAGUAGACAUUAAAGGUCCAAACGUUGACAUCGAAGGUUCAGGAGGAUUUAAGAUGCCAAAGAUGAAAAUGCCAUCCUUUGGAUUUAAAGGACCUAACCUGGAGGGUGCGGAUGUCGAUCUCAACCUACCUAAAGCUGACAUUAACGUUGAAGGUCCAGAAAUGGACAUUGAAGGCCCAGAUGGUAAAAUCAGAGGGCCAAAAUUCAAGAUGCCUUCAAUGUCAGGACCAAAGAUAUCAAUGCCAGAUAUGGAUUUCAACCUGAAAGGUCCAAAGGGAGACUUUGAUGUGUCAGUCCCCAAGAUCGAAGGAGACUUCAAAGCACCCAAAAUAGACAUUGAAGGUCCAGAUGUUGACAUUGAAGGUUCAGGCGGAUUUAAGAUGCCAAAGAUGAAGAUGCCAUCCUUUGGAUUCAAAGGACCCAAACUGGAGGGGCCAGAUGUUGAUCUCAACCUUCCUAAAGCUGACAUUGAUAUUAAGGGGCCCAAUGUUGACAUCAAAGGUCCAGAACUGGACAUUGAAGGCCCAGAUGGUAAAAUCAAAGGGCCAAAAUUCAAGAUGCCAUCCAUAUCUGGACCAAAUAUCUCCAUGCCUGAUAUGGACUUCAACCUGAAAGGUCCAAAGAUGAAGGGAGAUGUUGAUAUGUCAGGAGACCUCAAAGCACCCAAAGUAGACAUUAAAGGUCCAAACGUUGACAUCGAAGGUUCAGGAGGAUUUAAGAUGCCAAAGAUGAAAAUGCCAUCCUUUGGAUUUAAAGGACCUAACCUGGAGGGUGCGGAUGUCGAUCUCAACCUACCUAAAGCUGACAUUAACGUUGAAGGUCCAGAAAUUGACAUUGAAGGCCCAGAUGGUAAAAUCAGAGGGCCAAAAUUCAAGAUGCCUUCAAUGUCAGGACCAAAGAUAUCAAUGCCAGAUAUGGAUUUCAACCUGAAAGGUCCAAAGGGAGACUUUGAUGUGUCAGUCCCCAAGAUCGAAGGAGACCUCAAAGCACCCAAAAUAGACAUUGAAGGUCCAGAUGUUGACAUUGAAGGUUCAGGAGGAUUUAAGAUGCCAAAGAUGAAGAUGCCGUCCUUUGGAUUCAAAGGAGCUAAAUUGGAGGGUCCAGAUUUUGAUCUCAACCUUCCUAAAGCUGACAUUGAUAUUAAGGGGCCCAAUGUUGACAUCAAAGGUCCAGAACUGGACAUUGAAGGCCCUGAUGGUAAAAUCAAAGGGCCAAAAUUCAAGAUGCCAUCCAUAUCUGGACCAAAGAUCUCCAUGCCUGAUAUGGACUUCAACCUGAAAGGUCCAAAGAUGAAGGGAGAUGUUGAUAUGUCAGGAGACCUCAAAGCACCCAAAGUAGACAUUAAAGGUCCAAACGUUGACAUCGAAGGUUCAAGAGGAUUUAAGAUGCCAAAGAUGAAAAUGCCAUCCUUUGGAUUUAAAGGACCUAACCUGGAGGGUCCAGAUGUCGAUCUCAACCUACCUAAAGCUGACAUUAACGUUGAAGGUCCAGAAAUUGACAUUGAAGGCCCAGAUGGUAAAAUCAGAGGGCCAAAAUUCAAGAUGCCUUCAAUGUCAGGACCAAAGAUAUCAAUGCCAGAUAUGGAUUUCAACCUGAAAGGUCCAAAGGGAGACUUUGAUGUGUCAGUCCCCAAGAUCGAAGGAGACUUCAAAGCACCCAAAAUAGACAUUGAAGGUCCAGAUGUUGACAUUGAAGGUUCAGGCGGAUUUAAGAUGCCAAAGAUGAAGAUGCCAUCCUUUGGAUUCAAAGGACCCAAACUGGAGGGGCCAGAUGUUGAUCUCAACCUUCCUAAAGCUGACAUUGAUAUUAAGGGGCCCAAUGUUGACAUCAAAGGUCCAGAACUGGACAUUGAAGCCUCAGAUGGUAAAAUCAAAGGGCCAAAAUUCAAGAUGCCAUCCAUAUCUGGACCAAAUAUCUCCAUGCCUGAUAUGGACUUCAACCUGAAAGGUCCAAAGAUGAAGGGAGAUGUUGAUAUGUCAGGAGACCUCAAAGCACCCAAAGUAGACAUUAAAGGUCCAAAUGUUGACAUCGAAGGUUCAGGAGGAUUUAAGAUGCCAAAGAUGAAAAUGCCGUCCUUUGGAUUUAAAGGACCUAACCUGGAGGGUGCGGAUGUCGAUCUCAACCUACCUAAAGCUGACAUUAACGUUGAAGGUCCAGAAAUUGACAUUGAAGGCCCAGAUGGUAAAAUCAGAGGGCCAAAAUUCAAGAUGCCUUCAAUGUCAGGACCAAAGAUAUCAAUGCCAGAUAUGGAUUUCAACCUGAAAGGUCCAAAGGGAGACUUUGAUGUGUCAGUCCCCAAGAUCGACGGAGACCUCAAAGCACCCAAAAUAGACAUUGAAGGUCCAGAUGUUGACAUUGAAGGUUCAGGCGGAUUUAAGAUGCCAAAGAUGAAGAUGCCAUCCUUUGGAUUCAAAGGACCCAAACUGGAGGGGCCAGAUGUUGAUCUCAACCUUCCUAAAGCUGACAUUGAUAUUAAGGGGCCCAAUGUUGACAUCAAAGGUCCAGAACUGGACAUUGAAGCCUCAGAUGGUAAAAUCAAAGGGCCAAAAUUCAAGAUGCCAUCCAUAUCUGGACCAAAUAUCUCCAUGCCUGAUAUGGACUUCAACCUGAAAGGUCCAAAGAUGAAGGGAGAUGUUGAUAUGUCAGGAGACCUCAAAGCACCCAAAGUAGACAUUAAAGGUCCAAAUGUUGACAUCGAAGGUUCAGGAGGAUUUAAGAUGCCAAAGAUGAAAAUGCCGUCCUUUGGAUUUAAAGGACCUAACCUGGAGGGUCCAGAUGUCGAUCUCAACCUACCUAAAGCUGACAUUAACGUUGAAGGUCCAGAAAUUGACAUUGAAGGCCCAGAUGGUAAAAUCAGAGGGCCAAAAUUCAAGAUGCCUUCAAUGUCAGGACCAAAGAUAUCAAUGCCAGAUAUGGAUUUCAACCUGAAAGGUCCAAAGGGAGACUUUGAUGUGUCAGUCCCCAAGAUCGAAGGAGACCUCAAAGCACCCAAAAUAGACAUUGAAGGUCCAGAUGUUGACAUUGAAGGUUCAGGAGGAUUUAAGAUGCCAAAGAUGAAGAUGCCGUCCUUUGGAUUCAAAGGACCCAAACUGGAGGGGCCAGAUGUUGAUCUCAACCUUCCUAAAGCUGACAUUGAUAUUAAGGGACCCAAUGUUGACAUCGAAGGUCCAGAUGUUGAAGGUUCAGGCGGAUUUAAGAUGCCAAAGAUGAAGAUGCCGUCCUUUGGAUUCAAAGGACCCAAACUGGAGGGUCCACAUGUCGAUCUUAACCUACCUAAAGCUGACAUUGACAUCAAGGUACCUAGUGUUGACAUUUCACGUACAGAUCUCGACAUCAGAGGUCCUGAUGCAAAGUUGUCAGGUGGUUCCCUUGAUAUGGGAUGUCCCAGUUUCAGUAUUGAAAAACCAGAGAUCAAGUUUCCAAAGUUCAAAGGUCCCACGUUUGGUAUUAAGUCCCCAGAAGUUGAAGGUCCUGAACUGAAUAUUUCUCACAGAAAGACUGAUGUGAAAGCACCCGAGGUUGACCUUAACCUAGGGGAUGCAAAUAUCAAAGGACCUAAAUUCAAUGCACCAAAGAUCCAUAUGGGAGGAAAGAGCCCCAAAUUAGAUGUUAAUUUGCCAGAGGUUGACAGUAGUCUAGAAGCCCCUGAUGUUGACAUUUAUGUCAAAGGAAAGAAAGGCAAAUUCAAACUACCCAAAAUCAAAGGGAAAGCAAAGAAACCUGAUGUUGAUAUUGACCUUGAAACUUCAGGUGUAGAUUUAGAUGUUGACUCUCCUGAUCUUCACCUGAAAGGAGUGAAAGUAAAGAAACCCUUCUUUGGAAAACUUCAUUUCCCCGAUGUGGAAUUUGAUGUAAAAUCUCCCAAAGUUAAAGGUGAUGGCUCUCUGUCUGGUGGCUUGUCAUCUGGGAGCCUACAAGCCAACAUUGGGGGUCCAGAUGUAAACGUGGAAGUCCCAGAUGUAAAAACUAAGUCUAAUAUGAAAUUUCCAGGGAUGAAAGUCAAAGGGCCCCAGGUAAAUGUCCCUGAUGUUGACGUAAAUGUGAACGGGAAAAAUCUGAAAGGAGAGGCAAGCCUCUCAGGAGGUUUUAAAGAUCCUAAGACAGAUAUUGGAGGAGGAGUAGAUGUAGACUCAAAUAUUUCAGGAUACGGUGGACUACAUUUCCCAGAGGGACAUGUAUCAUUCCCCAAAAUCAGUGUUCCAAAGUACCAUGGACCAGAGAUGGGAGUAGAUGUUGAUGCAGGGUUAGAAGCAGGGGCAGGAGCAGGGUUAGCAGUGGGGGGUGGGAAGGUUGAUGUGCAGACUCCUUCGGUUAGUGGUAGAGUUAGUUCUCCGAGCCUGGAGUUGCACAGCCCAGACGUGAAGAACAGUGGUGGUAAAGUGAAUGUGAAGAUGCCAAGGUUCGGUUUUGGCAAGUCAAAAGCAAAGGGAGGUAGUGCAGCGGAACUAAGCUUCCAGGGGCCGGAUGCAGAACUUGGAGCCGGUGGUCGUGGCGGUGUUACGGGCUCCAAAGAGUUGAGUUUAAGUCAUGGGGAGUUAGUAAGUGGCAAGUUGUCAGUAGAGGGAGGAUCUGGGCUUAGUGUGUCCCCUAAGAACAAGUCUGCCUCACUGGAUCUUUUUAAGAAAUCAAGGCAUCGGUCUUCCUCUGUGGCGAGUGACGAGGGAGAUCUGGCUGUGUCUUCCCCCUCAAGUCACUUAAGUGCUGAGGGUGGCGACAUCUCUGUAGAUGUUGGGGGGGCCAAGGUGAAAGGAAAGAAGAGCAAGUCAAAGUUUGGCACCUUUGGUGGUUUUGGCUCAAAGUCGACGGGCUCAUAUGAAGUGACACUGGGUGAAGAUAGUGAAGAGAGAAUAGAGGGAAGUGGUGGUGUAUCUCUCCCCUCUAAAAAGUCGAGAAUCGCCUCCUCUUCCAGCAGCGACAGUGGGUCUAGAGGUGGUUUCCAUUUCCCAAAACUUGAGUUUUCUAUGUCACCAAAGAAAUGAAUGAAUUGUUGAGGCUAAUUAUAAACUCUCUCAUAUGCUACCCAAUUAUCUUCUCCGUAUACACAACAGCCCUAUCUGCUCAAGAAUUUAAAACUUGACAGAUGAGUUCACAUCUCAUCUCAAUGUAACAUUACAUGUGUGUUAUUCCCUUUGGACUUUCUCCACACAUUUUACUUAUUACAUAUGGGGUACAUGACAUUGUUCAGACUACAAUUUAACUGUAAAUAAGAUGAAUCUGUAUUGUAAUAUUAAGUAUUGUCUUUUGUACAUAGUCAAAAUUUAUUGAACAUAAAUCUCACCAAAUUCAUACCAAUAGUGCCUGUUUAGUCCCACUGUUGUAAUGCAUUAUUGUAUUGUAUUAUUCUGUUAAAAUGCAUUUUGUCAAGAUUAGGUAUUUUUAUAUCCAGGGUUCUAUUGCACAAAAAAUAGUAUAGAUUCAAUUGUUAUUUUUAAGAAAAGCAUGUUUAUACACACAGCAAAAACCAACAACCGUUAUAACUACUUUUUCGUUUUUAUGUAUGAAACGAUUAACUUUUGUUUUUGAAACUUUGGAUAUGUAAUCGUUGCAGAAACGUAUUUACUCAACAUAAAGCCGUCCCUGUAUACCAAUGCAAUUAGAGACCAUAAUUGCAAAUAAAAACAAUGUUUCUGUUUACUAAUGAACUCUAUUUACUGUUGUUAUUCAUCUUUGAGAGAGAGCAGGCAUUUAAUUAUUAUGAUUUUUUUUUAACAUCCAAUUUGAUUAUUACAGUUCGUCCCUUUUCGCUUCAAAACCUUUCAUUUGAAUUCUGCUCAAACGCCAAAAUGGAAGGUGCACAUUGGAAAAUAGUACACCAUAUGCUGAUGAAUCCAUUUGUAUUUUUGUACAAUCAAGAUAUUUAGAAAUGUAAAGAAACAAAUCAGGCUUUUUUAUGGAGACAUUCUCUCUCUCACCAUCUCUCUAUUUCUCUCCCUCACUGUCUACCUUAAUGCAAGUCUCUAGUGUUUGGUUAUACUAAAGAAAAUGUAUGACUAUCAUGAAUAAAGAGUCACGCUAUAUUUUUUACCUGUAUAGCAAAAUAAAUAUCUGCAAUGUUAAUAACAGAGAAAGAAAAAAAGAUGUCAUUUGCUUUUCUUUGAUGGAGUUUUUAAUUAAUUUGCUUCUAUUGUGUUUCAUGUGUUUCAUUCUGCAAAAUAAAUCAAAUAAACGGUUAACGUACCAA